GACGUUUUUUUCGCUCUCUCGAACGAGAUUCUUGAAAAAAGGUUUUUAGAACAUACAUGUUUUUAAAGUACAACAUGACACUAUUUACAACAUUUAGAAGCUCUGGGGUACAUCGAUGUGUACUUUGCCGCCGUGGUGUGACAUGGCAUUGAAAACAUGGCAGAUGAUAAUAUUUUGGAAGGCGAAGAGGAGAAUAUUUUAUAUGAUUUACUCAUAAACACCGAAUGGCCACCUGAAACAGACACUCAGCUGCGUGGACUGAAAGAACACAGCUCAAUCAUUGCCAAGGCAGUAACAGGACCCUUCCGGAUUAUUCUUCACUACCUUUGGUACAGCCCUUCUAGUUCAACUUUGCCACCUGGGCUGGUACGCCUUGCAACCAAACAAGUGAACUGGCAGCUGGUGCUAGCAAGUAAUGGGAAGCUCCUGGCUGUGGUUCAAGACCAAUGUUUGGAAAUUAGGUCAGCUAGAGAUAACUUUGGAUCCAUCAUAGGAAAAUGCCAAGUGCCCAAGGAUCCAAAUCCUCACUGGUGUAAGGUAGAAUGGAGUCAUGAUUGUGCACUGCUGGCGCAUGCUGACAGUACUGGCACGGUCCGUGUCUUUGACCUGAAGGGCAGCGAACUCUUCAUUAUACCGCCGGCUAUGUGCUUCCCUGGAGAUUUUAGCUAUGCAGCUGCUGGUCUGAUGUUCUUGGAAUACACUGCUAGUGCACAGUGGUCAGCAGAGCUACUGGUCAUCACCUACAGUGGCCAGCUCAAGAGUUACCUGGUUUCUGUUGGAACCAAUCAGGGUUUUCAUGAGAAUCACAACUUCAGUUUCUCCGCCCACUAUACCAAUGGCAUUACCACAGCAAUAUAUCAUCCUGGCCACAGGCUGCUGCUGGUAGGAGGGUGUGAGUUGGGUGACAGAGAUGUGUCAAGGGCGAGCUGUUGUGGGAUCACAGCUUGGAGGGUGUUGUCAGGGUCACCGCAUUUUAAACAGGUCACCAGCUAUGAGGAUGAUGUUAGUACAGUGAGUCUGCAAGGAUUCUUCAGGAUGCCCAGCCUUCGACUUUUCUCUAGGCACAACAAUGAAGAGGUCGGUGUAUUUAGAAUGAGUCUGUCUCCUGAUGGUACAGUGCUGGCUGUGAUCCACUUCUCUGGGAGUCUAAGUCUGUGGGAUAUUCCAUCAUUCAAACUGAGAGGCUGCUGGAAACAAGAAGAACAACCGGCCUUUGACGAGAUCAACCCAGCAUGGAAGACUUCACUGGAGAAAAGAAAGAAAAUAAAAGGUAGUUGGACCCUCAACCUGGGUCGUUGUGAGGUAAAGCUGGCCCACAAGCGCUCUCGUCUGGAAAGCAGUAUGUUGGGUGAAGAUAAUGAUGGAGAGGGCGACUCUGACUCUGAUGAAGAGUCCUCGGCGAAGACACGGUAUUUUGGCUAUGUAAAGCAGGGCCUAUACUACGUGACGGAGAUGGAACGCUUUGCCCCUCCCCGGAAACGGCCUCGGACCGUCAUUAAAAACUACCGGAUGGUCAGCCUGAGGUCCACCACACCAGAGGAGCUCUACCAGAGGAAGAUUGAUAACGAGGAGUAUGGAGAGGCGCUUUCCCUUUCUCAAGCAUAUGGUCUGGAUUCUGAUCUGGUCUACCAGAGACAGUGGAGAAAAUCUACUGUCAGCAUCUCUUCUAUUCAGGACUACUUGAGUAAGAUAAAGAAGAGAUCAUGGGUGCUACAUGAAUGUGUGGAGAGAGUUCCAGAGAACGUUGAUGCGGCCAAGUACGGCCUAAAAGGAACCGACCUUGAUGCAUUGAUAGCCAUUGAUAGCGGAGAAGACCGGGGCAGGUUCAUCUUGCCAGGUGAUGUUGACUUGGACGAGGCUCCAUAUGAAGACUUCCUGUCCAUGGAGGAAGAGAGGGAGCAAAGAAAAGAGAGGGAGACCAAGAAGAGACAAGAGCUCCUCAAAAAAGUGGAAUUUAGCAAGCUGACUCUAGAGCAGAAGGAGCUCUGUAGGAGUAGAUUGAAGCUUCUCUGCUAUCUGGAUCGCUUGGCCACUUAUGAGGAAAUUCUAGGCGGACCUCAUGCAGCAGAGAAGCGAUUUGAUGCAGGGUUUUUCAAGACGUUCCACAGUCAAAAUAUCGUUCUGUCAGCCAGAACUUACGCAAGGGAGAGUAACGUACCGGCUUUGGACAUUCUCUUCACUUAUCACAGCUCAGAGUUGCUUCAGCACCGGCUUGUCAUCCUUUGCAAUUUCCCAGAAACCACCUCUCCUCACGAGUAUACUGACCUUCUGCCUAAGGCAGGUGGGGAUAAGAAGGGUAAUUUGAUGCUGAUUUCUUGGGAGGAGAGCCAACACAGAGAUCUGGACUGGUGUGAGGUUCCUGAGUGCAGAAGGAUGGUGGAUCCCAACCCAGUGCAUGACUGUCAUUUCCUAUAUGAAGAACAGCCAGAACUGGAGAGAUUUUGUACGGAUAAACCUUCCAUCGCACUGCUGACUGAGUGGUACCUGACCAGGGCACAGGACAUAGAAAGCAAUUCCUAUCAGGUUGAUUGUUCUCUGUCUCUGGUGCGUCUGGGAAAAGAGCAGAACAUUCCUGGGCUGGAGGUGCUGUGCGACGACCUGGUUACCAUGGAAACGCUAGUCUACGAGACGUCAUGUGACCUAAAUCUCACACUGAAGGAUCUGCAGCAGCUCAGGGACAUUGACAAGCUCCGCCUCCUCAUGAAAAAUUCCAGUGAGGACCGAUAUGUGAGGAAUUCAUUCCAGUGGAUGCUCCCGUUUCUGCACCGUUAUGAGAGACAGCGGGGGGGUUCUGCUUGUAGACUGCUCCGAGAGUAUCUGGUCACCCUUGCCAAAGAUGAUCUCACGCUCCCACUCAAAAUCUUCCAGCACUCCAAGCCAGAUUGUCAUCCGAAAAUCAUAGGAGACUCUGAUCAGCUGAUGUCCGUGGCAUUAGAAUGUAUCUACAGCUGUGAAAGAGAUGACCAGCUUGCACUCUGCUACGAUAUACUUGAAUGUCUGCCUCAGAGAGGACAUGGACCAGAGACAGACGCUACAAAAGCCCUGCAUGACCAGGUGGACAUUUUCGAGAAACACUUAAGUGUUGCUGAGGUGUUGGAGAAGCAUGGUCUCCAGAAGCCCAUCUCGUUCAUGAGGAACAGUCAGAACAGCAAAGAAGAAACUCACCAGCUGAUGGUCUGACUCACUCGUCACACAGGACGCAAAAACCCUCCUGUGAGUGAGACAGUGUGGAGAAGCUUACUUCACGAUCUGUUGGACAUGCAGCAGAAUGUUUAUACCUGUCUAGAGACAGAGACUUGCCAUCAGGUGUUUGUGGAGAGUUUAUUGUGUUCAGGGCGGGAGGAGAAUGUUCGUCUGGCGGGUCAGCUGGUGCACUGCAGUGCUAUGUCAGAGGACACUCCAGUCAGCAUGGCGUUUCACGGGAAAGCUCAUGCCCAUGUAGCUUAUAACUUCAGCUUGGACCUGGUUCUGGCUGCUGCCCGGGAAUACUUCAACUCUUCGGCAACCCUCUAUGACUCCUGCAUGAACCUGGCAUGGUCAUGUUUGCUGCUGAUCACGGAUUGUCCUCCUUUGGUCAAAGAAGAGUUGGAUCUCAUUAGCGCCCUCUCUCAGCUGGAGGAGUUUGGUGUGAAAGUUCUGCCCUUACAAGUGCGAUUGCGAACGGAUCGUCUAUCAUUGAUAAAGGAGUGCAUCUCCCAGUGUCCUACUGCGUACAGGAAAUCACCUCAACUGCUCAACCUGGCCAGACUUCUGCGUGUUGCAGGUGAUGAUGAGGCCAAGAGGAAGGGUCAGCUGCUCACUCUGCUAGCAGAACAGGCUUUAAACUGUCAGGAUUUCAAGGCCUCCUACAUUCGCUGCCAGGAUCUGAUGUCUGCAGGCUACAGUGAUGGCUGGGAUGUGUGUGCUCGGCUAGGCCAGUGUGAGACAUAUUCACAGCUCUCUGCCCGUCAGGCUCUCACACACUGUCCACCUAGCAGCAUCCAGAACCUUCUAGCGGCUUCCAGUUCCAUUCAGACACAGGUUCUGUACCAAGCUGUAAAUUACAAGAUUGAUCCACCUCAAGCCUGGAGAACAGGAACUGAGCUGUCUGAGCAAGGAACUGCUUAUCCUGGAUCAGUGCCUGGCUCAAUUAACCCCACAGACCUGCUGCACAGAACCACGGCCCGCACCAUAGAGGUCCUGCCCAACACCACCAUGACCACCAGAGCUGUGCUGAUCACCGUCAGUGACUCCCAUUGGUGGAGAGAGUCCCUCAGCUUACUUCGCCCACUGCACGGACAGGGCUUGGAAAAAAGCCAUACUGGCAUGGCCAGUGAAAACGCAGAUCUAGAGAGGCAGCGGUGCAGUCCUUUCUAUGAGGAGCUUUUCGAUGAUCCAUAUGUCAAUAGGGCUGAAGACGUGUAUUCCUCCUAUGACUAUGCACCUCACGAAGACUUUGCUGAAGUUUUACUGCGAACAGGCAAACUCGCCGAAACCAAAAGCGAGGGACAGAACCUCUUUCCUGCUACAGAGGUGCUUCUUCAGCUUGCCAGUGAUGCCUUUCCCAAAGAUAUGACACUCGCCCUGGCCUACUUACUGGCUCUUCCUCAGGCUGAUCCAAGAGUGCUGAUUCGUCUAGUGACAAAGCAUGUGACAGAUCACACUGGAUGUGAUUGGUUGGAUGAGGAACUGGAGGCUCUGAUUGGACAGUUGCGACUCUACAGCGAGAGACUGACAGACUUGACUCAGGCUCAAGUUUUGCAGGGACUUGGCCGAGGGAUCGAUGUCCAGAGAUUCAGCAACGACAACCAGUACAAGAAAGAAACUAUUCUGGGCCUGGCUGAGACAUUGAAUGAGAGUGUGUACGAGAUCUCAUGCUCUUUGGCUCAGCGGUACAGCAUUCCCCUUUGGGAAGUGCACAUGACUCACCUUGAGUUUCUGUUUACUGAUAGUGGUCUCUCUACUAAAGACAUCGAGAGCCGGACAGAGGCUCUGGGCCUGUUUGAGACUCUUAAGACCGAUCCCGUAGCCUUCUACAUUCACAUGACUAAAUAUGUGUACCCCAGUGUAGCUGGAACUGAUCAGCUCCAACUCCUGUUCUACUUCACCCUUCUGGAAAACUGUGGCUGUGGUAACUACUUCCCUCCCACUGCAAUGAAGCCCUUCACACACCUCAAACUGCUCAAGAAGCUCAAAGCUGUUGCCAUCGGUCUGGACUAUAAGAAGCUAAUAGAUGAGGAUUCUGAUCCUCUGAAAGCUCUGGUACCAGUACUGACCAGCCAGAAUGUGCUAUCAGUCUCCAAACUGGCCCCUCAAAUCCCCCAGAGGGUAGGUGAACUGCUCACCUCUAGUGCUGUCCACACCACCUGGCUACAUAAACUCUUCUGGGAAGGGGAUCAGCAUGUGCUAAAGAUGCCCCCCCAGAGUGAUCAAGACUUCCUGCAUGCCUAUGACACCUGUGCCAAAUAUUUUGACCAUCUGCUGCCCUUAGAUGCUGUUGACUUCCUGAAUGCCAUCACCUUUUCUGAAGCAGCUAAUAAGAUGUCUGUAGAGGCCAGACUGGAGAUUACCAAGCAUGCACAGAAGGCUCUGAAAAGCAUUAGUGACAAGAGUAAGAAAAAGAGCAAUGAUGACAGAAGUGAAAACUCCAUCUCCAACUUUCACCCCGCCCUCACUCAUCUGCAACAGUCUCUUGCUCAUCUUGAGACUCUGAGCCAUGCAUUCCCUUUGUCACUCAAGAGAAGCAAAGAGGAGCGCAUGCAGAAGUAUAGUCACAUUUAUGACCUGUCCAGGUCACAGCAAUCUAAGGUACACCAUCUGGCCAUCACAAUGGCCAUGGAUGGACAGCCUCUUGAACAAAUUGAGCAGCUGCUCUCGGUCGCCGUGGGAAUGAGCAACCUGUCGCCGAAGAGCAUAGUACAGGAUGCAGUAGAGCGAAUCAUAACUGCUCUUAGUGGUGACAAGGACGCUUUGAAAGAUUAUGCAGAACCCUUGAAGAUACGGGAAGGAAUUGUAGAAGCAGUGCACACUAAUGUGCAGAGCGGCAGGAAUUUGGUGACAUCUGAGGACAUGCUGGCAUGGCUGCGAUCUUUUUGUGGAGACGACACUAAACCGGUACGACCCAGAAUUGAUGUGCUGCAGAUUCUAGAACAUUCUUUCAGCCUCAGCGAUCAGGACAUCCACCUACUACUGUUCUUCAGGAGUCAGGCAAUUCUGAAAGCCUGCUGGCCAAACAGAGAGUGUGAGAUGAAAGAUGUCGAGAACGAAGAAAAUCGAAACUCCUUGUUCCUGGAACUGUUGGAAUCCAGCAAUAAAUGGCAGGAGUUUCAACAUAUUAUGCUCCUCCUACAGGCGUGGCCACCAGUAAUUGAUAAAAGCAGGGUGGAAACGGAACAGAACCCCUGGGUGUGUCUAACAUCCGCCCUUCUCACACACUCCGCAACCAUUUUUGAAAUCAACUUUGGGAAUGAGAUUCUAACUAUGUGUCGCUCGCUGUACCCUACUAAACACAAACUCAAACCAGAGUGCAUUGGGCACAUUUCCUCUCUGCUGUUGAAUGCUGGGCUGAAGCUGCCCGCUUUGAAGUUGACGACUGAAGGAGGGAAUGAACAUCUGCUCAAACUGACCCUGGAUCAGAUAAAAAAAACACUGAUGUAAGUGUCACCAACCACAGAUGUGUGUGACUCUGAGCUCCUCACCCUGUUGUUGAAAGCUGGGAUGUUGAUCAGUUGUGUGGACACAGCCCUUUUCUCUCUGCUGGUCUCUCACAUGCAGGCUCAGGGGGACUGGGAUGUAGAGAAAGCUGCCCGAGAGCUCCACCAGGCCGGGCACAGUGUACAGGCUGGCUCCUUGCUUCUGUCCUACCGAGGAUCUCACCCAGGGCAGUUCACCUUCAACAGCGCCCUCGCUGUCAUUAAAAAAUGGCUAUGAGGUGACCAUGGGUACAGACUAAUCAAUAAAGCAAGGAUACUAGUAUAUUUUAGCUGAAUAAAAUUGAAAUAUUAAAAGGGACACUGGCACAAAGUACAAAUCACAACCAUAAGUCAAAAUAAAAGGUAUAGUUCACCCAAAUAUGAAAGUUCUGUCCUCAUUUACUCGCCAAUAUGUCGUUCUAACCCCAUAUGACCUGCUUUCUUCGAUGGAACACAGGAGAUGUUUUGAAGAAUGUAGUUGAAUGUUUUUUCCAUGCAAUUACAAAGAAUUGGGUACAAAACAGUGACCGCCUUUAUUCUUUAUCUCUUUUUGUGUUCUACAGAAAAAAGACAUAUUGGUUUGGAAUAACAUGAGGGUGAGAAAAUGAUGACCGAAUUUUCAUUUUAUCAGAUUGUUUGUACAGGACUUUUUCCUGUUGCCAAAUGAGUCAAAUCACCUUCUUAUUGCACAGGAUUUCUCUCUAUCUCUGUAUUGCUCACUCUCUUCUAAGUGAAGCUCAUGACAUGGGUGUAAUUACAUUACUUUGGAUGUUUGGUCACAGUAGCCUGUGCUAAUAAUCAUUACAUGCCCAGUUUCGGAAUUUAAAAUGCUACAUGUGUGCUGAGAGAAUGUUUGCACAUGUACGUGUGGCUUCGUGGUUGAUCGUUCCACACCAAUUUUUGCUCUUUCCCUUUGUUGGGUUAUUAAUUAUAUUUGAACAAAACAGAUUAGGCCUUCAGGCGGCCUCAUGCAGCCUGAUUCUUUCAACACACAGACACAUAGAUGCACUACAACCAGUGUUAGGUAACUGAAUUGUAAUGUGAUUAUCUGUGUAUUUAGGUAGGUUUAUCAUCAGUGUUUAAUAAAUGUAUCAGAUUUAAAACUUUUGAUUGGUGUGCCUUUAAUCAUCUUUCAAAAAAUGUGUAGUUUAUAAUGGGUUUUGGUGUAGUGCACACUUGGGCAAUGAAGUAUUAACAAUAUAUUUACAAAAUUCUAAAGAUGAAUGUGAACAACUAGUUCUAAUUUCUGAGCACCCAUCCAUGGUUUUAAAAUAAAUAUAGUGGCUGUUUUUUAAUAUACUGUUGUACUCUACUGUAAUAUAUCACCUGAAACACCUUGUGCAUGGCAAAGGAAAAAUCACAUGCUAAAAUUGAAAU